UGCUGAGGCUCGGCCACGGAUAGCUGCGGCGGCGGAGUCUGGCGGCCGUGGGGACUCACGAGCGCGGAUCGCGGAGUGUCGCCGGCGGGGACGGCCGCCUGAGGCGGCGGCGUGCGGGCUCGCAGACCUUGCCUCCAGCUUGCGGGAGCUGAGGACGUAGUGGGGCCGCCUCCGGGCCAGCCUCUCCCCGCGCUGCCAGCCGGCCCCGGCGCCGAGGGCGCGGCGACGCUUGGCCACCAUGGGCUGCACACUGAGCGCUGAGGACAAGGCGGCCGUGGAGCGCAGCAAGAUGAUCGACCGCAACCUCCGGGAGGACGGCGAGAAGGCGGCGCGCGAGGUCAAGCUGCUGCUGUUGGGUGCUGGUGAAUCUGGAAAAAGCACAAUCGUGAAGCAGAUGAAAAUUAUCCACGAAGCUGGGUACUCAGAAGAGGAAUGUAAACAGUACAAGGCAGUGGUCUACAGUAACACCAUCCAGUCCAUCAUCGCCAUCAUUAGGGCCAUGGGAAGGUUGAAAAUAGACUUCGGAGACUCCGCUCGGGCGGAUGAUGCUCGCCAGCUCUUUGUGCUUGCCGGGGCCGCAGAAGAAGGCUUUAUGACUGCAGAGCUUGCCGGCGUCAUCAAGAGAUUGUGGAAAGACAGUGGUGUGCAAGCCUGCUUCAACAGAUCCCGGGAGUACCAGCUGAACGAUUCGGCAGCGUAUUAUUUGAAUGACUUGGACAGAAUAGCACAACCAAAUUACAUCCCAACUCAGCAGGAUGUUCUCAGAACCAGGGUGAAAACGACAGGAAUUGUGGAAACCCAUUUUACAUUCAAGGAUCUUCAUUUUAAAAUGUUCGAUGUGGGCGGUCAGAGGUCAGAACGGAAGAAGUGGAUCCACUGCUUUGAAGGUGUGACCGCCAUCAUCUUCUGUGUGGCCCUGAGCGACUAUGACCUGGUUCUCGCUGAAGAUGAAGAAAUGAAUCGGAUGCAUGAGAGCAUGAAAUUGUUCGACAGUAUAUGCAACAACAAAUGGUUUACAGAUACUUCUAUUAUACUUUUUCUAAACAAGAAGGAUCUCUUUGAAGAAAAAAUAAAAAAGAGUCCUCUCACAAUAUGCUAUCCAGAAUAUGCAGGAUCAAACACAUAUGAGGAGGCAGCUGCAUAUAUUCAGUGUCAGUUUGAAGACCUGAAUAAAAGAAAGGACACAAAGGAAAUCUACACCCACUUCACCUGUGCCACAGACACAAAGAACGUGCAGUUCGUGUUUGAUGCUGUAACCGACGUCAUCAUAAAAAAUAAUCUAAAAGAUUGUGGUCUCUUCUAAGUUUUGCAGUUGGUAGUAAAAAUGCAUUUUCAAACCAAAUGAGUACUUAUCCAUGGAUCUCUCUAGACUAGGUCUCCCAGCAACACAGAAUGUAGUAUACAGCAAAUGCAUCCUGGACCUGACCAAAGUUGUUCUGUUUUGUGUCUUUAUCUGAGCGUAAUAGAAGGACCUUUCUCAAAGGUGAAAGAUGGUCCUGCAAUGUGAAAGUGAGGUGUGGUGUUGAAGCUGGGCUCUAGUGUACCGAUGGUUUCUGUGUACGUGUAAAUAUGCAAAUGUAUGAUGUAUUUAUAAUUUUUGAUUUCCCACAUUAUGUCUAGGUUGUAAGAAUGGCGACUUAUGAUGCUAGUGUGAUGGCUUUGGAAAUAACAUAAAUAUUAAGUACCUUGUACUGAAUGACCGAUUAGUUCUCUGUUUGCCAGUUUUAAACAGCUUUAUUUAUGUUUGUGGUCUAUAAAUUUUAGGUACCAUAACUAACAUUAGGAGAUGUCACGGCCCUUACCUUGAUUACAUGUAUACUUGUAUUCAUAAGAUUAUUUGUACAAACAUUGCACAGACUAUUUUAAUAAUAUGAGUUGUUCCUUAAAGUUGAUGUGUCUCAUGGAGAUGCUCCUACAGAGGUUGGAUCCACCUGUCUUUGGGUCAAUCAUUUAAACAUUGUGUGUAUUAAAGUUUUCAUUUACUGAGUGCAUGAUGUUCCAAGUCUACAUUAGAUUUUUUUUUUU